ACAGCAAAGAGCUCCAAAAUGUCCGUCAGUCAUCAUCAUCAUCAUCAUUGACACAAACAUAACAAAUAAUUUUUCUCGUAAAGACACGUCUGUUUAAGAAAAGUGUUAAAAUGCAUGUGAUUAAUUAAAUUAAAAAGGUGUCAUCAGUGAAAAAUAACUAACAUGAGUGAUCUUGGUGUUGGAAGUUUUUUUAAUUCUCUUCCUUUCUUCACUAGAUAUUGGUUUGCAUUAUCAUUAGCGUUUCCCUUAUUGGCAAGAUUUGGAUUAUUAAACCCUUAUUAUCUUAUACUAGAGUACAAUGCAUUUUUCAAACAGUUUCAGAUUUGGAGACCUCUCACUGCUGUUUUCUAUUUCCCCCUGACCCCCAACAGAGCAUUUUCAUAUCUUCUUAAUCUCUAUUUUUUAUACAACUAUUCACUUCAACUAGAAACAGGACUUUUUGCUGGAAGACCUGCAGAUUAUUGCUUUCUUUUGCUUUUUAACUGGGCCACACUUGUUUGUGCUGGUUUAGCACUUAAUGUUAUGCUUUUGAUGGAGCCCAUGAUUCUGAGCAUGCUGUACCUUUGGUGUCAAGUAAACAAAGAUACUAUCGUUAGUUUUUGGUUUGGUACAAGAUUUAAAGCUAUGUAUCUACCUUGGGUGUUAUUUGGUUUUAACUUCAUUUUACAAGGAGGAGGGUUUGAAGAAUUACUUGGCAUUUUGGUUGGGCACUUGUACUAUUUCUUGAAAUAUACGUAUCCUCAGUCAAACGGUGGCCGCAGCAUUCUUGAAACUCCACAAUUUCUGUAUAAUUAUUUUCCUUCUAAUGUAAGAUCGGGAAGAGGAGUACCACCUGCUACCAGACAACCCCCUAGAGCUGGGGGUUAUAAUUGGGGCCGAGGCCACACACUUGGCGAUUAAUCACUUAUUUUUGUUACUUAUAUUUUUUAUGAAUCACAUUGUUCUAUUUAUUAUUUUGUAACCAAAUAAGAUACCAUAUGUAUAUGAAAAAGCAUGUAAAUAAUGAGAUGACUAACUGUCAACUAUUAAAUUCUUCAUUAUAAUUUAUGUGUCAUAACUACAAUGCUAUACUGUACUUAUAAAUGGUUAACAAAAAUCAAUAUGUAUAUGUUGCUAGCUUUCUAUAAUGAAGUAUUUACAUUGAGAAAAGAUAUUAUCUCAUUUAAAAUGUUAUCUCAUAUUUAUGAACAUGUAAAUAAACAUUCUUUGCUUAUUA